AUGGUACCCGGUCUUCCGGUGCCCGACGGUACGUGGCCUGUCAGCACAGGUAGUGUCACCUUCGACAAGGUCUACACCGUCAAGACCGGUGAGGUUUUCGACGGAAAGAUGCAGACGUUCGACCGCUUCAACCUCACGUGCCAGGGUCAGCAGGAGAGCGGCAACUCCACUGCCGUGUUUCAACUCGAGGCUGGUGCGACGCUAAAGAACGUCAUCAUCGGUGUGAACCAAAUGGAGGGCGUGCACUGCGACUUCGGCGACUGCACGAUCGAGAACGUGUGGUGGGAUGACGUGUGUGAGGACGGCCUGAGUAUUAAGGGCGGCAACGCUUCCAGCGUGACGCGCGUUCUUGGCGGCGGCGCCCGCUACGCGAAGGACAAGAUCAUCCAGCACAACGGAUUCGGCACCGUCGUCGUCGACGGAUUCUACGCGCAAGACUUCGGUAAGCUGUACCGCUCAUGCGGCAACUGCAAGACCAACCCUCGCCAGCGUUCCCUCAACGUCAGCAACACGUUCGUCGACCUGGAGAUCAUCCAGAGCGGGAGGGGAAUGGAACCCAACGGAACGAACGUGAGCAUUGUCAUGAUGAACGAAAACUUUGGCGACCAGGCUGUCCUCAAGAACUUCUACGUCAAGCCGAGCUGGUACAACUACACGGAGUGCGCCUCGUCCUUUGGCGUCAACGUUAAGGGUGCGAAGCCCGCGAUCCUGCACAAUGGUCCAAAGUAUCCGGUGUGUCAGUACUCGUACGACGACGUCCACAUUGUCGAGACCGAGGAAAACGCUGAGCAGCAGCAGCAGCAACAGCAACAACAGGAGCAGCAGCAACAGGAGGAGCAGCAGCAGCAACAGCAGCAACAGGAGCAGCAGCAACAGGAGGAGCAGCAGCUUCAAGUCCAAGUGCAGCUAUAA